AUGCCCCGCGACGCAAAGGAGCAAAGAGGACCAGCUGGCCGUUUCAAUGACUACACCCCACUGAUCGCUUCACGCGAGCGCAUUCUGGCCGAGUGCAAAAGCACAGAGUUCAAAAACUCUAACGUCCGGCCCCCAAAGCCAAACACCACCAGACUGGGGACCGACAUGUCCAAAUACUGCAAGUACCACAAGAGUCAUGGGCAUCUAACCGACGAGUGUAUACACCUGAAAGAUGCCAUCGAGACCCUGAUUAAAGAAGGACGUCUCUCUAAAUACACAAAGAAGGGAGAGACUUCCCGGAGAGAAGGGCAAGGGAAUUCGGACGGGGAUAAUUCACUAGAGGACGGACCACUACAGGUUGCUCUAUCCGUCACCCGACCAGAGGAUUUCCUACCAUCCGUCGGGGUGACCACCACUCUAAGCCCGUGGGAGGGAUUCCCGACCGCCAUGGUCAUCUUCAACGGAGGAGACCCAGGCUCUCUCACAAUCAGAUCGAUAAAGAGGAAGUUUGACGAGCUAAUCAACGCCAACUCAGACCUCGGCCCAACCCUCCAGAAGUUCAAAGGGAAAUCAGAGCUGAUAACCUUUUACCUCGAAGAGCUCCCCGGCGGAGCACCAAAUGCUACAACCCCCCUGCUCGUCCGAGCAAGGAUGACUAACUUCGACGUCCGUCGGAUCCUGAUCGACGAGGGUAGUUCGGUUGACAUCAUGUACUCCCACCUCUUUAAAACCCUCAAGCUUGACGACUCUCACCUCACUCCAUACGUGGGUUCCGACCUCCAAGGCUUCAACGGAACCACCACAAAACUUUGGGGUUACGUUGAGCUGAUCGUCACGUUCGGGGAGGGAGAAGCUUCCAGACAAGUCAAGACACGCUUUUUGGUCAUCGACUGCAAAACUCUCUUCAACUAUAUCAUCGGACGACCCACCCUGGCCGAGCUCACAGCCGUCCCCUCAACCGUGGAUCUCAAGAUGAAGUUUUACACGAAGAGAGGAUGA